UCAGAGGCACAGAGCGGAGGCACGCGCUGUGUGGCGUCUUAGCCGGCCCCUCGCUCUCCUUCCUGCGUCUCCCUGGCGCUCCGGGAGAGGGCCGAGCCCCAGUUCGCGGCUGGCGCUGCUAGGUGGCUGGCUGCUCCCAGCAGCCGGGCAGGGAAGCUCCGUGGCGCCGCUCACCCCCGCUCGCACGUAGAGCGGAGCGGAGCGGAGCGGAGCGGGUCGGGCGAGGACGGGGGGCGGAUUCACACACACACGCAGCAGCGGCGGCCGGUGCAGUUUCAGGCGCUCUGGCCAUCUAGGGCGCACAUCUUCCAUCUCCCUCCUCCUCCAGCGGCUGCUCUGGCGGUGCCUCCCCCUCGCCAAGCCUCCAUCUCCGGCCGGGGCUUGCCCCCCCCCCUCCUCACCGCCCCCCACAUAGCGCACGUUGCUGGGCUCGGGAGCGCAGCCCGAGGCGGGCAGAGCGCGGCUGCCCCAGCGCCGGAGCGGGGAGCGCGGAGAGCCCUGGCCCGCCAGCGCGCACCCAUGCGCUAGGGGAGCGGAGCGCACAGCGGGGAGGCAGGCGACGGCACCGGCUGCGGAGGAGGAUGCGGGGCUCGGGCGCCCGGGCAGGGGCAGCGGGGCUCGGCUGCAGCGGCGGCGGCUCCCCGGCUCCCCUCUGGACGUGUCUCCUGCUGUGCGGGGCGCUGCGGAGCCUGCUGGCCAGCCCCAGCAACGAAGUGAAUUUACUGGACUCCCGCACAGUCAUGGGGGAUCUGGGAUGGAUAGCCUACCCGAAAAAUGGGUGGGAAGAAAUUGGUGAGGUGGAUGAAAAUUAUGCACCAAUACACACAUAUCAAGUGUGCAAAGUAAUGGAACAGAAUCAGAACAACUGGCUUCUGACUAGUUGGAUCUCCAAUGAAGGAGCCUCCCGGAUCUUCAUCGAACUCAAGUUCACUCUGAGGGACUGUAACAGUCUUCCAGGAGGACUCGGGACUUGCAAAGAGACUUUCAAUGUGUAUUACUUUGAAUCAGAUGAUGAAGAUGGAAGGAACGUCAAAGAAAACCAGUACAUCAAGAUUGACACCAUUGCCGCCGAUGAGAGCUUCACUGAGCUAGACCUUGGAGACCGGGUCAUGAAGCUGAACACUGAGGUCAGAGAUGUUGGGCCUCUGACCAAAAAGGGAUUUUACUUGGCUUUCCAGGAUGUAGGUGCCUGCAUCGCCCUGGUUUCCGUGAGGGUGUAUUACAAAAAGUGCCCUUCCAUUAUCCGUAACCUGGCCCUCUUUCCUGACACCAUCACUGGGGCAGAUUCCUCCCAGCUGCUGGAAGUGUCAGGCUCGUGUGUGAACCACUCUGUGACUGAUGAGCCUCCAAAGAUGCAUUGCAGUGCCGAAGGGGAAUGGCUGGUGCCCAUUGGAAAAUGCAUGUGUAAGGCAGGGUACGAGGAGAAGAACAGCACCUGUCACGUCUGCAGACCUGGAUUCUUCAAGGCCUCUCCCCAGAGCCCAUCCUGCAGUAAGUGCCCCCCUCACAGCUACACACACGAGGAAGCAUCCACCUCCUGUCUGUGUGAAGAACACUAUUUCAGAAGGGAAUCGGACCCACCUACAAUGGCCUGUACAAGACCCCCCUCUGCUCCUCGGAAUGCCAUCUCAAAUGUUAACGAGACUAGUGUCUUCCUGGAAUGGAUUCCCCCGGCUGACACUGGUGGAAGGAAAGAUGUGUCUUAUUAUAUUGCAUGCAAGAAGUGCAGCUCCCACUCGGGGCUGUGUGAGGCGUGUGGCAGUCAUGUCAGGUACCUCCCCCAGCAAAUCGGCCUGAAAAACACCUCUGUCAUGAUGGUGGACCUGCUUGCUCAUACAAACUAUACCUUUGAAAUUGAGGCAGUGAACGGAGUGUCCGACCAGAGCCCUGCAGCACGGCAGUAUGUGUCUGUAAAUGUAACCACAAAUCAGGCAGCACCUUCUCCAAUCAGUAUUGUGAAAAAAGGAAAGAUAGCUAAAAAUAGCAUCUCCCUUUCCUGGCAGGAGCCCGAUCGACCCAAUGGUAUCAUCCUGGAAUAUGAAAUCAAAUAUUUUGAAAAGGAUCAAGAGACCAGCUACACCAUCAUCAAAUCGAAAGAGACGAAGAUCACAGCGGAUGGCUUGAAACCAGCGUCGACAUAUAUCUUCCAAAUCCGAGCGCGCACAGCAGCAGGGUAUGGUGGCUUCAGUCGAAGAUUCGAGUUUGAAACCAGCCCAGUGUCAGUAGCUGCAUCCAGUGAUCAGAGCCAGAUUCCUAUAAUCGCUGUGUCAGUAACAGUGGGAGUUAUCCUGUUGGCGGUUGUUAUUGGUUUCCUUCUCAGUGGAAGUUCCUGCGAUCAUGGCUGUGGGUGGGCUUCUUCCCUGCGUGCUGUUGCGUAUCCAAGCCUAAUAUGGCGAUGUGGAUACAGCAAAGCUAAACAAGAUCCAGAAGAAGAAAAGAUGCACUUUCAUAAUGGCCAUAUUAAAUUGCCAGGAGUAAGGACUUAUAUUGACCCACAUACCUAUGAAGACCCCAAUCAAGCCGUCCAUGAAUUUGCCAAGGAAAUUGAAGCUUCCUGCAUAACAAUUGAAAGAGUUAUCGGAGCUGGUGAAUUUGGGGAAGUUUGUAGUGGGCGUCUGAAACUGCCUGGAAAACGCGAGUUUCCAGUGGCCAUAAAAACCCUCAAAGUGGGCUACACUGAAAAACAAAGACGAGAUUUCCUGGGGGAAGCAAGCAUCAUGGGACAGUUUGACCAUCCCAACAUCAUUCACUUGGAAGGUGUUGUCACAAAAAGUAAGCCAGUAAUGAUAGUGACAGAGUACAUGGAGAAUGGCUCUCUUGACACAUUUUUAAAGAAGAACGACGGGCAGUUCACUGUCAUUCAGCUGGUUGGGAUGCUGAGGGGCAUCGCAUCAGGGAUGAAGUACCUAUCAGACAUGGGUUACGUACAUAGAGACCUUGCUGCCAGAAACAUCCUCAUCAACAGCAAUUUAGUGUGCAAAGUGUCUGACUUUGGGCUGUCCAGAGUCCUAGAAGAUGACCCUGAAGCAGCAUACACAACAAGGGGAGGGAAGAUCCCGAUCAGAUGGACAGCCCCAGAAGCCAUCGCCUUCCGCAAAUUCACCUCGGCCAGUGACGUCUGGAGCUAUGGGAUAGUGAUGUGGGAAGUAGUGUCUUAUGGAGAGAGACCCUACUGGGAGAUGACCAAUCAAGAUGUGAUAAAAGCUGUGGAGGAGGGCUAUCGUUUGCCAAGUCCCAUGGACUGCCCGGCUGCUCUUUACCAGCUAAUGCUCGACUGCUGGCAGAAAGAUCGGAACAGCAGGCCCAAGUUUGACGAAAUUGUCAGCAUGUUGGACAAGCUCAUCCGUAACCCGAGCAGCUUGAAGACACUGGUUAAUGCAUCGAACAGAGUGUCAAAUUUAUUAGUGGAGCAUAGCCCCCUGGCAAGUGGCGCCUACAGAUCAGUAGGUGAAUGGCUGGAAGCCAUCAAAAUGGGACGGUACACAGAGAUCUUCAUGGAAAAUGGAUACAGUUCAAUGGAGGCCGUGGCUCAGGUGACCUUGGAGGAUUUGAGGCGGCUUGGAGUGACACUUGUUGGUCACCAGAAGAAGAUAAUGAGCAGCCUUCAAGAGAUGAAGGUCCAGUUGGUGAAUGGGAUGGUGCCGUUGUAACUUGGUUUUAAAGUCACUUUCUCAAGUGAUCGACCCUGCACUUUGUAAACUAGCCCUGAGAUUUAUUAUAACAAAAAGAACAAAAAAAGGGAAAGUCGGUUAUUUCUAUAACUGAAGGACAUUGGCCUCUGCCACAUAAUUUAUAAUCAGUGUUUGACUAAAAAAUUUCCUUUCCUUCCUAUUUGUGUCUUCAUAUUCAUGAAGUAAAUGUAACAUGCAUGGAAAUGGAUCUACUGUACAUGAGGUUAACCAUUUUCUUAUGCUUCAGCAACAACAAGAAAAAGCCUUCCCACCACACUUUGUCUGUACAUGGAAUAUAUAGAGAGCACCUUUAUAUACUGAAUUAUGGCAGCACACGUUAAUACUUCCAAGGACUUAACUUGAAUGGAAAAGUUUUGUAGCCAUUCAUGGGCUAACAAAAGCUGCAGUUUCCUGAAGUUUACUUCAAGUCUUAAUUGUCUACAGAAGUGUAUUGAAGAGCAAUAUGAUUAGAUUAUUUCUUGAUAGAUAUUUUGUUUUGUAAAUUUAAAAAAUGCUGUUACACAGCGUUAAGUUAUAGAGACUAGUGUAGAAACAUGUUGCUUGUCCAGUGGCAAAUACAAUACAGGGUGUAUAUUUCCCCCCUCUGUGUUAUAAAGUUCCUUUUAAUUUGCUCUUCUGUGAGAUGAAUACAUGAUUAAUAUGUAUAUACUGUACAGUUUGCUACACAUCCAGGUACAAGAAUUUUUGGUUAGACUUGGUUUUGGUUGUUUUGUGCUACCACUUUGCUUAUAUUUUUGCUGCUGUUUGGUUCAAACAACAUAUACAAACAAAGCUUUCAGGAGUUUUAAUUACAUAUGUGAGGUAACAAGAGUGCAUUUCAAUAAAAGCUGUUUCUCCCUCUGUUUCUACCUGAGCUCUGGAUAUUACGGGGCAGAUUUCAAAAGCAUAAAUGGGAGUUAGCCAUCCAACUCACAUUGGCUUUCAGUGGCAGUUGGGUACCUAACUUCUUCUGGACCUUUGAAAGUCUCCCCCUAAAAUAUCCAGCAUGGCUCAGCACCCCUGUGUACUGUGACCAGUCUGCUGCAAAUGGAUUUAAUCUCAGGGACCCAUGUGCUUCCAAGCCAGCUGGGUCUGGGUAGAGACUAGUCACUGUUUUUAGCUCUGGAUCUAGAGGGCACACUCCCAGGCUCAGACCUCUUGUUUUGAGCCCUAAUUGGCUUGUCAGUCCACCACCCUGGACAAUAAAACCAGUGCCUCUGACCUCCCGAGCCACUCAGUUGCUUACACACGCUAGCCCAGAGCUCCACUGAGGCUGUGGGCUCUCUGGGGUACAGGUUAACUCCUUACAGGACAACACGCCAGGGAAGCAGGGAGCGCAGGCUUAGGCAAGGAAUCUCUUCACCACAGACACUUUACUCUUCAGAAGUGUGGUCUGUUCAUGUUUCAGGCUGGACAAAGUCCCUCCUGCCCUCUUUUUCCACCAAGCCUUCAGUUCUGUGGUGAUGGCCAGCCGCCCAACUCAGAGCAGCACCCCUUCUUAAGUGCAGUCUCUGUCUCCUUCACCCAGGUGCUCCUCUGGAAAGCUUAUCCCUUCCCUCCUUCAGGCCCCAGUGUAGAAAAAACAUCGUUCAAUUGAGUCAGCAGUUGGGAGACAAUCAAAGUGGAUGGCCCUAGACUGCCAUAUUGAUGCUUUCUCCUGAUGUCCCUUCAAUGAGAUGUCAAGCAGCUUUCCUAGGUAGGGUGUCUAUCUGCAACACAAUUCAAUAAGCUUACCUUGAUUAACGUUAGGCUUGUGUUCGGCACAUCAUACAAAAUGGAGUUUCUAACACAAGAUGGAGGUUACAAUUUGAUUCUUUGCAGAAUAUGAGAGAGCCAAGGGGGGUGAGGUAAUCUUUUAAUGGACCAACUUCAAUUUGUGGAAGAGACCAGCUUUCGAGCUACAUAAAGCCAGACCUGAAGAAGAGCUCUGGGUAACUCAAUAGCACGUCUCUCUCACCAACAGAAGUUGGUCCAUUAAAAGAUAUUACUUCACCCUCCUUGUUAGUUUGAUACAGACAUGUCCCACUCUGUCACAAAGCACACAGGAGCAGAAGGAGAAAUGUGCUGAAUUUGAUAAAUGCGGUGGAAUCCUAUAGUAAGGAUGUCAUUUGUUUGAACAACAUUGCUCUAGCCAGAACUCGCCUGUAACCAGUUUCUGUUUGCACAUAGUAAAGCACGGGUGCUGGGAUUUUCAAAAGAACCUAUGGGAAUUAGGCACCCAGCUCCCAUUGAAUUCCAUCUUGAAACAAUGAGGGACUUUGUAUUUUCUGUAUAGAUGGAAUUCUCCAAUUGUCCAUAAUAGGCCCCAUAGUUCAUUUUAAGAAAAAAGUCUCUGUUAAAGAUAGGGAUUGAAAGACUUGCUCAAAUGAUGGCAAAUAUUUUUCAUUAUUCUAGGGAAUAUUAGUUGUUUAUGUGGGUUGGAUAGCAUCUUGCAGCAUUCUUUCUUGAAGAUGGUAUCAACAUAUUCUGUUUUCCUUUCUCUUCUUCACCUCUGGAAUAAAAGAGCAUCUAAUCUGUUGCUUAAAUUAUUCAUUCCUCUCACUCAGAAGCAAGUAUCUGAAUACCACUUUAGUUGUUCUUAAACAUCUUUUCUUUUAUACUUCCUCAAACCCCAAAUACAAAUAGCAGCUUCUAAUAAAACAAAAUCUCUCACAAAGAAAGAUGGGGCUUGUGCUCCUAAAUCCCUUUAGUGCAUCUGCAAGUUUCCUGCAAACAUGUUUAGUAAAAGCAUAUACCUAAAAAACCAUCUUCCUUCUAGAACUGUUAGUUACUUCUCAGUGAGAUAUGGUACCUUUCCAAUUGGUGACAGGUCCAGGGGUGAACAGGUGUAGGAAGAAGUCAGAUGUAUCUGGAAAGGGAGUAAAGAAAUGCCUUCUUCCUACAUCUGUUCACCCCUGGGCCUGCCACCAAUUGGAAAGGUACCAAAUUCAUCCGCAAAUGUGAGAAAUGGAAAAAAGAGACAACUUAUACCAGAAGGGUGAGGUUUGACAAAUCUUGAUUGUGUGAUUUCUUGUCUUAUUGUUUUAUUUUUGUCAGCCACUGGGCCACAAAGAAAAAAAAAACCCAAAUCAAGACAUAACAAUUGCCGCACAAAAGGAGAUUUGUCAAAUAAUAAUAUUAUUAGAGUUGUCAGGGGAACCGUUGUGGGAUUCUCUGUGUCUUCCUGCCUGCACUGCUUUGUAAAAUAAUCCGUAGGAAGACAGACAGAACAACUUAUUUCUUCUGGAGGAAUUCUUCAAUUGCCACUUGCAUCAAUCAGCUGUACUUGGAGAGAUUUUUAUUAGCAACUUCCAGCUCUUAUCCUCUCCCUUUUCUGCCUGUUCUCUUCUGUCACUGGUUAACUGAUGGAGCGAAGUAGCACUCUGUGAAAAAUGCAAGGAGGAGUUUGGUUUUGUUCUUUUACUUUUAAAAUAAAAGUUCCGUUGGCCAUUUGUGUUUUUCAAAUGCAUAUACAGUGUGUUGGGGAUUUACUACAUGAAGGUGAGAAUUACCUUCUCAGAACAGUGUAAUCAGUUUCCAUUUGCUGGACCAGCCUUCAGAACAUCUUUAUGGUUAACUAGUAGAAAAGAGAAUGCCCGUAACCAGAUUGCAUUUGUAAAUAAUUUGGGCACUUUUUCUUAAUUAUUUAAAUACCUAUACAAACCUUUUUAGAUUUAAUGCAAGCAAGUACGUUGCUACAAAUCUGUUUAUAAUAGACUCUGUAUAUGAGUGGAAAAAAAACCAUGACCAAGAUUUUCGAAAACGGGGGGCCUAAAUCAGUGCCCUGAUUUUCCAAAGUGCAGCCAAGAUUCCUGUUGUAGCCAGAGAGGGAGCUGCUGGGUGCUCAGCAUAUUGGAAAAUCAAGCCGUUCAUUUAGUUAUCUAAAUAUGGAUUUUGGAUCCAAUCCUUAGGCACCCAGUUUUUAAGCUGGAAUUUUCAAAAGAGGCUAUGGGAUUUAGGUCCAGAUCCCCAAAGGUAUUUACGCUCCUAACUCCCAUUUGAUUUCAAUGGGAGUUAAGCAUCUAAAUAUCUUUGAGGAUCUGGGCCUACGCACCUAACUCCCUUAGGGCCCUCUGACAAUUGCAGUCUAAAAUCUUAGUCAAUGUAUCUUUAUUUUACCUUAGCAGAGUUGGGAUAUCAUUCAAAGCACAAGAAGAGAAAUUUUCUUUUGGAAGGUAUUUUUCGUUAUUAUGCAAGAAAGGGUAGCAAGUAAAAAUAAGUAGGUUAAAAUCAGGUAUUAGAAAUGGACUAUUGUAUAUAUUGUCAUGCAGUAGAAUUGGGUCACAAUGUUUUUCUGGUUUUGCUCUGUCUAAGCACAGAGGGGGAAAAAAGUGAAGUACUAUAGUUAGCUAUCCUUAUAGUGGUCUACCAGAAAUUAAAACCUGAAAGAAAAAUGCAAAUGUUACCUACAUUAAGAUGGUGAAGUUUGAUAAUCAGAAGUAAAUUGUUAGAUGUACUUAGAGUAUAUACCUAGGGUAAGUCAAAGAGGUUUGCUCUUCCAACUCAGUAGCCCAGAUGGUUACAUAGAUCACUUUUUUUUCAGUCCAUUUUGCUGCUAAUUGUAAGGGAAUAUUUCAAGGGGAACGGGAGAUAAGAACAUUCUUUUUCAUCUCUGAAGGAGGAAGUCUUUCGAAGCGCAGUUCUUGUUUAGAGUGACCUCCGUUUAUUCUGUGGAGAAGUUAUCUAAUCAUAAAAAAAAAGACUGAUGAAAAAAAGUCCACUGUAAACUUUAUUUAUUCCUUCUAUAUGUUAACAAAAAUAUGAUGACGGUGCAAAAGCUGUGUCUAUUCGGUGUUGAAUAUAAACAUGUAGAAGUCCCAGUGGUCAAGAUAUUGUGACUCCUAAGACUGCUGCAGUUUUGAAACUAGUCAUUAAGAAGUGUGUGAAAUACAUUGACAGCAGUCUGAGAGUAAGGUAUAGUUUCGAGUCCUUUAUUAUUAAGUCUUUCUAAACCCCUUAGUGCAAGUGGGUUAGGACUCGGAGUGCUUCUAUUAAACAAUGCCCCAAUUUGCAUUAGGUUUGAUUCCCUGCAUUGGAGUUUUAACUCAUAGAAGGCUUAGCAUUGCUGUAUUUAUUUCCUUUUAUUUUCAUUUUUCCUUUGAUGCUUUAUGCGCAUUUUGUUUGUGUACAUGUUUUUGUAGUGUAAGAUAUAAAAUUUUAUAUUUUUUCAUAAAAAUAAAAAUCUUUGAAUAACAGUGA